AUGUCGAAAAAACUUUGUUCGAGAACGGAAUGUCUUUACCACGAUGUCGUAGAGCUCAUCCUCGAGAGAGCUCCAGCGACGUCUCUGAUGAGAUUCAAGGCUGUACCGAAGCAGUGGAAAUCAACUAUCGAAUCCCCUUUCUUCCAAGAAAGACAAUACAAGCAUCGUCAACAAUCAGGAGAUCCUGAUGUUCUUAUGGUGUCCGUAUUUGUUUACGAGGAUGGUUUCACUGACCCGGAGGACGUAGAACAAAUCUCGGAAAUCGAAUGUCUAAGAACAUUGGUGGUGGGUUCAUCAUCAUCGCUCCAGAUCCCUACUCCUUGGGAUAACACAUAUUACUUUGUUGCUGAAAGUAGCUGUGACGGUCUCGUUUGUCUCUACUUUCCUGACCGCUCCGGUUUUGUGGUCAAUCCCACCACUAGGUGGCAUCGAGUUCUUCCUCUUUCCGGCUAUAACCAACUCAUAAUCGACACAGGAAAAACCAUUUUGUUUGAGCCAGGGUUCGGUAAAGACAAAUUCACAGGCAGAUACAAGGCCGUUUGGUUAUACAACUCCUCCGAGUUGUCCCUAGAGGACGGUACUGCUACUACAUGCGAAGUUUUCGACUUUACCACCAAUGCCUGGAGGUAUGUCACUCCCUCUGCACCUUACCGGAUUUUUUCCCGAGAUCCUGCCUUUGUAGAUGGGUCGCUUUAUUGGUUCACCGUCGACUGCCCAGAAACCCAAGUUAUAUCUUUGGAUCUUCACACCGAAGCUUUUCAAGUCAUCCCUGUAACUCCUUUUGCCAAUGCAAAACCUGAAAAGUUCAAUAUGUGCAACCUUGACGACCGCUUGUCAAUACCCGGUCGUGCCACUAGCACUUUUGGAUGGGGACAAAGAGAAAAUCGGAGCGGAGGAGCCUAG